AUUGUUCUUACAUGUUUUAUGUAUUUUUUUCCCUGUCUUCUUUUGGAUGAAAAUUUUAAAUCCUAUUUCCCCCUUUAUUUGUUUACUAAUUAACAUUCUUUUUAAAUGGUUUUUAGUGGCUAACCUAGUGAUUAGAAUAGUCAUCCUUGAUUUAUUAAAGUCUAGCACUAGUUAGUAGUUCUCUCAUUCCAUAACAGUGCUGGGAUCUCAGGAGACUUGUACUCCAUUUACCCAGCUCUUGUCACUUGUGCUGUUUUGUCACAUCGAAUUCUCCGUAUGUUUGAAGCCUGGAGACGUAGCCCCUGUUUGAUGCGGCUGGUGCUCUUCCCUCCCUGGGCUCAGGCUUGCCCUUAGGAUCGGUCCUUGGCCAGAGGGUGCCUGCUGACAGUCUCACACUAUGUUUUCAGUGGUCUUCAUGUCUUCAUUCUAUCGGUGUUUUAUUUUAGAAUGUUUCAAAUUUACAAAAAUAACAAGAAUAGGAAAAUAACUUCUCUGAACCUUUGUGAUCAAAUGGUGCCAAUUAGCUUCAAAUACUUUUCUCAGGUGUGGCUCCUGCACAGCACCUCCUGGGCACCCAGGUCUCAGGUGUGGCUCCUGCACAGCACCUCCUGGGCACCCAGGUCUCAGGUGUGGCUCCUGCACAGCACCUCCUGGGCACCCAGGUCUCAGGUGUGGCUCCUGCACAGCAUCUCCCGGGCACCCAGGUCUCAGGUGUGGCUCCUGCACAGCACCUCCCGGGCACCCAGGUCUCAGGUGUGGCUCCUGCACAGCACCUCCUGGGCACUCAGGUCUCAGGUGUGGCUCCUGCACAGCACCUCCUGGGCACCCAGGUCUCAGGUGUGGCUCCUGCACAGCACCUCCUGGGCACCCAGGUCUCAGGUGUGGCUCCUGCACAGCACCUCCUGGGCACCCAGGUCUCAGGUGUGGCUCCUGCACAGCAUCUCCUGGGCACCCAGGUCUCAGGUGUGGCUCCUGCACAGCACCUCCUGGGCACCCAGGUCUCAGGUGUGGCUCCUGCACAGCACCUCCUGGGCACCCAGGUCUCAGGUGUGGCUCCUGCACAGCACCUCCUGGGCACCCAGGUCUCAGGUGUGGCUCCUGCACCGCAUCUCCUGGGCACCCAGGUCUCAGGAGUGGCUCCUGCACAGCAUCUCCUGGGCACCCAGGUCUCAGGUGUGGCUCCUGCACAGCAUCUCCUGGGCACACAGGUCUCAGGUGUGGCUCCUGCACAGCAUCUCCCGGGCACCCAGGUCUCAGGUGUGGCUCCUGCACAGCAUCUCCCGGGCACCCAGGUCUCAGGUGUGGCUCCUGCACAGCAUCUCCCAGGCACCCAGGUCUCAGGUGUGGCUCCUGCACAGCAUCUCCUGGGCACUCCUUGGGAAAGCCGGCUCUCAGGUCCCAGGGUCAGGUCCUCUUGGGUGGGCCAGGUAUCCCCUGCCAUGAUGUGUGACUCUUAAGGUCAAGGACCUUCUUCUGCAGUUAAGGGAUUGGUGUUCAUAUGUUGCUGCUGCUAAUCCCAGACCUGGUUCCAGGGUGAUCAGUCACCCCAGUAAUGUUCUCUAGAACAAAAGGGCCCACCCUGGAUAAUGGAUUGCAUCUGAUUGUCUUGUCUCUGUAGUCUCUUUGAAUCUGAUAGUUCCUCAAGCUUUCCGUGACAUUUAAGACCUUGACACUUUUGAAGAUCACAGGACAGGUAUUUUUUAGUGUCCCUCCACCUGACUGUUCACUCGCUGCUUCCCAUGAUCAGAUUGAGGCUGCGUUUUGUUUUUGUGGGUCUGUCACAGAACUGCUUGCAUCUUGUCAGGUGGCACCUGGUUCCUGUCUGUAAUGUCAUGGGUUGUAUUGACUUUGGUCCCUUGACUAAGAUUGUGUCUUCACUCUUUGUAAUUAGUAAAUGUUUGAGGGGCAUACUUUGAAACUGUCAAUGUCCAUUUCCUCCUCAAGCGUUCAUUCUACCAUUUAUUGAUUUUCUUGGCUAAAUUAUGAAUAGGAUGGUUGCCAAAUUACACUUUUCCUGAUUCUGUGAGUCCUGCAUCGUUAGUUAGCAUUCUGCUGUGAGGACCUGCUUUCUCUUCUCCCUGCUGCGCCAUCUAUUUAUUUAUGUCACUGGGGAACCACCUGACCUUCCUCCCACACUGUUCCUGCCCCUCUGUGUCUCCAGGACUUCCUGAACCCUUGAGGCCCAUGGAAGCCAGAUGCAGGUGUCAGUAACAUGGACCCACAGGGAGCAGCCCUUCUGGCCCAGUGACCACCUGUGGUAGCCAAAGUACUUGUUGGAAUCAGAGCUGAAAUGCGGCUCCCUGAUGUCUUCCUGCCCCUUCUGUAGCCCCAGCACCCAGUACGAGCCUUCCCUGCACAAGGAGCGGGCCCUGUCUAGCUGGCCACCGUCACAGCCACGGUCACUGUGCUCUCAUGCCGGCUCUUUUGCCCAUGGGAAUGCCUGGUAGCUGCUGUUCCAGGCCCACCUGCCUGUGUCCUGGGAGGCCAGACUCUGUGGACUGUGUCACAGGGCCCCUGCUCCCCAACUGCCACUAGGAGGAACGGGCAUUGAGCCAUCUGUCCUCCAACAUCAUUGCUGCUGUGAUAGCCCCUCCUGCCCUCCUGCAGUGGCAGCUCUGGGUCCUGGGCAGCUAACGGCUCCCACCGUGGCUCCUCCUUUGUUGGCUCCUUCACCCACCCGCACUGACUACGGCCUUGUGUUAAUUGUAGCCGGUGCUUCCUGCUGGACGGUGACCACUCAGCUGGGACUUCAUCAGUGGGUUUUCACAUGGCGCUGGGCAGAGCAUUAAGAAGGAACAUGCUGUCGCCCUGUUGUCUGCUGGGUCACCCCCUGUCCAGUUCUCACCCAGCUGUCCCCUCCAUGGCCUCGUCACUCUCCUGACAGGAUGGGACACUGGGUUGGUUUGCAUUUAUAGGCCCCCUGCCAGGACGGAAGCUCUUUCAGGCAGAGCUAUGCUGUGCCCGGUGCCUGUGGAGCUCGUCACUCACAGCAGGGCGUGGAGAACACAGGGCAGUGGGCUGGGGGACCGACCUGCUUGUAAACCCAUGGUGACUUUGCCUGCUUCCUC